AAGCCCUGCCAUUGUGAGUGGCUGUGCAUAUUCCUUCCUUUAGGAUUUGCAGGGCUGGAGCACAAAGACAGCGAUUGUUACCAAAUAAGCCUUAGUCACACACUUCUACCAAUCGCCUUAGGAGGAUGGUUACCAUGGAAUCCACCAUCUGUUCACUCCCCGCUGCUGGAAUGUGAUUAUCCUUGCUGGGCUGGGAAGUUGGGGUUAGCAGGAGAGUCUGUGUGGUGUGAGAUUAUCUGCAAUGGACUGGGCUACUGGGAGGCUCCAUUUGGCUCACUAGAAGAACAAAUGAAGGCAGUUGUACUUCAGCCAUUUGUGACUUUUAACCACAAGGAUAAAUCAGCUUUUCUCGGCCCUUAAAAUGUGUGCUGCAUAUUGUGAACAGCAGAAGAAAAUUUUAGUUUCUUUAACAAAUGGAUGACUGACAUUUUUCCAUGUGGCUAAGAGCUAUAAUAAAUAGAAGUCUCUCCAUCCUCUGUAUUUGGUCCCUUAAAGAAGCCUAGCAGCAGCCCAACCUCCGAGGAGGUGUGGCAUAUUAUGCAUGGGGUUGUUUUUGUGCAGUGAAGUUUAAGAAUGCCCUGAAGUCCACAGUACUCUGGCCAGAACUCCCGACUGAUCUCUGGCUGAUCUCAGAUUCAUUCCUGAAGCAUAGAAGCUAGGAGAUUUUGAUCACAUGAACAGAGGAAAACCAAAUAUUUUCUUACUAAACCAGAGUAAACUAAUUAUGUGGAGUCAUGUUCACUGAUCAAGGCAGCAGAACCUGUCCGAAGGUCACCAUCAAUCCACCUUGUACAACAAGCAACACAACCACAGGGGCUCAGGGAAUAAAUGGGAAGACACCAGCAAAACGCUCAGCUGCAAGUCCAAAGCCACAAGUGCCUCCAAAGCCUUUACAUCUGCAGAUCUCACCUUCGUUCAAUAUACACCAAACCCCCAGGCAUAAAGCUUUAUCUAGCGCAAAACCAAGGAUGGGGGAUGCUAAUCCUGCCCCUGCUUCUUGUGCCUCAAAAGAAAAACCCAGUAAGGUGUCAGAUCUCAUCAGUCGCUUUGAAGGAUGCAGUGUUUCAUCAAAUUACAUCGAUUUGAAAAAAGAUUCUACAGUGAACCUAGGUAUUCCUCAAAUCCCGGGACAGCAUGGACUGACACCCACAUCUCCACAAAAAUUCAUGUCCCAGCACCCACCACAGAAGCAGGAAAGUUACCCAGAUGAGGCUCAGGGUGAAAAGACUUGUUUGGCCAAUGGCAUAACAGCACCACAAAACCAGAUGGAAUGUAAAGAGAGUAAGAUGGCUGCUCUUAGCCCAGAUAACCGUAGUCAAACUGCUGAAACAUCUCUUGAUGCACACUUAGUAAAUGGAGAAAGAGAUGAAGCUACCACAGAUCCUGCACCAACCACAAGCAAUGACCAUGAUGAAAAUAUUUCUGAUAGCAGUUGUAGGACUCCAGGUGCCGACUCAGUGCUUUUCCUGAAAGAUGAAGAUGCCAACGUCCAAAAGAGGGAAAGUGGAGAAAGCCCUGUGGAAUUGGAUCAGCCGGACCAGCACCAUGAGGUAAAGGAGACUAAUGAGCAAAAACUACAUAAAAUAGCCAGUGAACUUUUGCUUACAGAAAGAGCUUAUGUCAUCCGACUCGACCUCUUAGAUCAGGUAUUUUACUGCAAACUGUUAGAAGAAGCAAACCGAGGCUCAUUUCCUGCAGAGAUGGUGAAUAAAAUCUUUUCUAACAUUUCAUCAAUAAAUGCCUUCCAUAGUAAAUUCCUAUUACCAGAGCUGGAGAAACGAAUGCAAGAAUGGGAAACUACUCCCAGAAUUGGAGAUAUCCUUCAGAAGCUGGCCCCGUUCCUUAAGAUGUAUGGAGAAUAUGUGAAGGGGUUUGAUAAUGCAGUGGAAUUGGUUAAGAACAUGACAGAACGCAUUCCCCAGUUCAAAUCAGUAAUUGAGGAAAUUCAGAAACAGAAGUUCUGUGGGAAUCUAACCCUCCAGCAUCACAUGCUGGAGCCUGUUCAGCGGAUUCCUCGGUAUGAGAUGCUCCUUAAGGACUAUCUAAGAAAACUGCCCCCUGACUCCCCGGACUGGAGUGAUGCAAAAAAGUCACUUGAAAUUAUAUCUACAGCAGCAAGCCAUUCUAAUAGUGCAAUAAGAAAAAUGGAAAAUCUGAAGAAACUCUUAGAGAUUUAUGAAAUGUUGGGAGAAGAAGAAGACAUUGUAAAUCCCUCAAAUGAACUAAUAAAAGAAGGGCAGAUCCUCAAACUAGCUGCUCGGAACACAUCAGCACAAGAGCGCUACCUUUUCUUAUUCAACAACAUGUUGCUGUAUUGUGUGCCCAGAUUCAGCUUGGUAGGCUCAAAAUUCACAGUUCGUACCAGAGUUGGCAUUGAUGGGAUGAAAAUUGUAGAGACUCACAAUGAAGAAUAUCCAUAUACUUUCCAGGUGUCUGGGAAAGAACGAACACUGGAACUGCAGGCCAGUUCUGAGCAAGACAAAGAAGAAUGGAUCAAGGCCCUUCAGGAGACUAUUGAUGUUUUUCAUCAAAGGCAUGAAACCUUCAGAAAUGCAAUUGCAAAGGAUAAUGACAUUCAUCUAGAGGUUUCUACUGCUGAGCUGGGAAAAAGAGCCCCAAGAUGGAUACGAGACAAUGAAGUGACGAUGUGUAUGAAGUGCAAAGAGCCCUUCAAUGCACUGACCAGAAGGCGGCAUCACUGCCGUGCAUGUGGACAUGUGGUUUGUUGGAAGUGUUCUGACUACAAAGCUCAACUUGAAUAUGAUGGUGGAAGACUGAACAAAGUUUGUAAAGAUUGUUAUCAAAUAAUAAGUGGAUUUACAGACAGUGAAGAAAAGAGAAGAAAAGGAAUUUUAGAGAUUGAAUCAGCAGAAGUCUCAGGAAAUAGUGAGGUGUGCAGCUUUCUUCAGUACAUGGAGAAGUCAAAACCCUGGCAGAAAACAUGGUGUGUGAUCCCCAAGCAAGACCCCCUUGUCCUGUACAUGUAUGGUGCCCCCCAGGAUGUCAGAGCCCAGGCCACCAUACCGCUCCUGGGCUACAUUGUAGAUGACAUGCCUAGGAGUGCAGAUCUGCCACACAGUUUCAAACUGACGCAGUCCAAGUCUGUGCACAGCUUUGCUGCAGAUAGUGAGGAACUGAAACAGAAGUGGCUGAAAAUCAUCCAUCUAGCUGUCACAGGUGAGACAUCAGAUGGUCCAAGUGAACAUCUCACCACCUUGGACAAUCUUCCUGGACCCAAGAAAACAUCAGAAUGCUGAGCAGCAUCACCCAGUGUGGAGCCUUGAGAAAGACAAAGGGCUUGAGACAUUCCCUUAUCUCCUAGCACUUUAUGUUGAGAAAUAUGGGUUCAUAAAUCCAUCUUCUGAGAACUCUUUUCAUGUUUGUGUACUUUUAGUAAAUCAAUGUGUAGAGCCAUUCUGCUGAUGAAGUUUUGAAAUAAUGUGAAAAAUGGAACAUUUUUGAUGAGCUUGUUCUCAAAUAUGUACAUUUGCUUUGAAAAACAUGGUGUCCGGUGGUUGUAUCAGUACCGGGAUUAUAAUGGGAUUUUCAUUUAGAAACUCCUUCAAUGUCUUGUUCACAUGUAAGACUUGUAACCCUUUGAAAGAUAUACCUCCAUGUAGCCAAAAUAUAAUCUACGGUGAAAAAUACAGGGACAAUUUAGGAUAUUGUAUUAACUUGUUUAGUUUAUGUCUCAAGCUGCAUAAAUUAUUUCUGUUCUUAUAAAAUACAAAAAAGGACAGAUUGUUGAUGUUCAGACUUUUGACUUAA